GAAGACCUCUCUUUCUUUCUCUGUCUCUCUCUCGUAGAACCCUAAUUCUCUCCACUAGAGACGUCACACGUGUGACCUAUUCAUCACCAUGAGCUCCUCCUCCCCGGUCGUGAAAGGCCUAACCGACGAAGAGCACAAAACCCUCGAACCGGUUAUCAAAACAUACCACCGGUUCGAACCGGACCCAUCCACUUGCACUUCUCUCAUAACCCAACGCAUCGACGCACCCGCCUCCGCCGUUUGGCCGCUUAUCCGCCGCUUCGACAACCCGGAACGCUACAAACACUUCGUCAAAAGCUGCCGUCUCAUCUCCGGCGACGGCGGUAUCGGAAGCGUCCGAGAAGUGACCGUAAUCUCCGGCCUCCCAGCCUCAACCAGCACCGAGCGGCUUGAGUUUGUCGACGAUGACCACCGAGUUUUAAGCUUCAGGGUCGUCGGCGGAGAACACCGGCUUAAGAACUACAAAUCAGUGACGUCGGUCAACGAGUUCUUGAAUCAAGAUUCAGGCAAGGUGUACACGGUGGUUCUUGAAUCUUACACCGUUGAUAUUCCCGAGGGAAACACAGAGGAAGACACCAAAAUGUUUGUGGACACUGUCGUCAAACUCAAUCUUCAGAAACUCGGAGUUGCCGCCACUUCGACACCUAUGCAUGAUGAAUGAUUUCAAGAUUCUUUUCUACUUCUAAUUAUUAUUCUUAUAUUUCCACUCGGUGAGUUUUUUCCUUUUCUUUCUGAUGAUUAUUGAUUAUAAUACUUAAUUUGUGAAAUUUUUCAUAUGACUAUUGGAAGCAAAAUGUUUAUUUCGAUUCCGUGAAGGAAAUUAUUGUUGCAUAACGCUUAUCAGUUCUCUGAACUUUUUUUUCAAUAAAUGGCAAAUCAAGAA